AUGUCAGAGGUGCGACAUGAGUUGGCAGAGACAAGGACUGCAAUCACCCUCGAUUUGGGGGUCAUAUUUGAGGCACUCAGAGUCUGCAUCCCAUGUUCUUUAGAGACAUUUGUCUUUCCAAUAUUUGGACCUCCAGCUACAACCCCUGGACCCUUAGUUUCUCUAGCUCCUCCAUAUUUGCCUACCCAUCAGUUGCCAUCUCUACAUCCUUCACCAGUUUCUGCACCAGCAACUGCAUCCGAGGGCGAGGCACAGUCCCUCGCGAGUCCUCAGGAUGCCCCUACUCCCGCGAGUCCUCUAGCUGCCCUUGCUAAACCACCUACCACACCAGUUGAUAUACCAUCAUCUCCAGUUACAACCACUAAGAUUCUGGAGGUGGUUGCACCUAUGGAUGUGCCACUCACUGCUGUGCAUUCUACCAAGCUAGCCGCUAUUCUGUCGUCCCUGGUUGCAGCCUCAGCACCUCCAGCAGAGGAGGGUGUCCUUCCAGACCUUCCUCCAAUAUUUCUUAUGAGAACCGCCCUCAUCUUGCCUGUAGAUGUCUCAUUUCCUUUAGUGCCUCUUUCCAUUGUUACACCUCCUAUUCCUGGCCUGCGAUGUGUGAUGUCAAAUCUGUCAAUGGCCAUAGUCAUCAGCAUGAUAACCAAAUCAUCUGCCCCCACCACUAGGACAUCCUCCAUUGCUGCACCUGCAGCUCCAAUCUCUCACGCACAACCUCCUGCACCCACUCCACCACCACCUGCUCCUACUGCUAGCAUACCACUUGCCACUCCAGCAUCACUCGAGUCACCGGCUUUGUCUAGUAGUUUUUCAGAGGAUGAUGUGACUGCUUUAAGCCUGCCUUCUGAUGCGGCUCCCAGGUCUAAUGUGAGCACCCCUUCUGAUGAUUCUGGGGAUCUGGGGGUCAAUGACUCCGAUGAUGACGCAGGUGGAUCUACUGAGGAGGAGUACUAA